GGGUUUCAACUAUCUCCACGAGACAAUUUAAAGGCGCGUGCCAGCGAUCCAGUGAAGCACAAAAAAAAAAACCAUAAACCAGGCAUUCCGUACCUCCCUGAUCUGUCUGUAAUAAGAGCUCAUAGGCGAGCAUCAAUCAUCACAUAACAAAACGAAGCCUUUUAUGAUUGUUUCUUCCAUUUUCACUCUGUUUCUCUGCCAUUCCAUCUUGUCAAAUUCUUCCAGCAAGAAAUGGGGGUAUAUUUGAGCUCCCCUAAAACUGACAAGGCUUCGCAAGAUGGUGAGAAUGAUAGACUUCGAUAUGGUUUGUCCUCCAUGCAAGGCUGGCGUACAACCAUGGAAGAUGCCCAUGCAGCUUAUCCAGAUUUGGACAUUUCCACAUCUUUCUUUGGUGUUUAUGACGGUCAUGGAGGUCAAGCAGUGGCUAAAUUCUGUGCUAGAUAUCUUCACGAGCAAGUGCUCAGGCAGGAAAGUUAUCUGUCUGGUGAUAUAGGCACUUCUUUACAGAAAGCUUUCCUCAGAAUGGAUGAGAUGAUGUGUGGGCAGAGGGGAUGGAGAGAACUAGCUAGCUUGGGUGAUAACAUAGAAAAGGUUUCUGGUAUGAUAGAAGGAUUGAUAUGGUCGCCUAGAAGAGGUCAAGUCAAUGGAUGCUUGGAUGAUUGGCCUUCUGAGGAGGGGCCUCAUUCUAGCUUUCAUGGACCGACUUCUGGAAGCACUGCGUGUGUUGCAAUUAUUCGAAACAACCAACUUUUUGUUGCAAAUGCUGGUGAUUCUCGUUGUGUUAUAUCCAGGAAGGGUCAGGCAUAUGAUAUGUCUCAAGAUCACAAGCCUGACCUUGUGGCUGAGAGAGAAAGGAUUGUGAAUGCCGGUGGCUUUAUUGUAGUUGGACGUGUUAACGGAACUUUAAACCUGUCUAGGGCAAUCGGAGAUGCAGAGUUGAAGCAGAACAAAAAACUGCCUGCCGAGCAGCAAAUUGUAACUGCUAAUCCAGACAUAAGGACUGUUGAGCUCUGUGAUGAUGAUGAGUUUCUUGUUCUUGCUUGUGACGGAAUUUGGGAUUGCAUGUCAAGUCAACAGCUAGUGGACUAUGUGCGUGAACAGUUAAACACUGAAACUAAGCUUUCUGCAAUAUGCGGAAGAGUUUUUCACAGGUGUUUGGCUCCCGAUACUAAUGGUGGUGAGGGGUGCGACAACAUGACCAUGAUCUUGGUGCAAUUCAAGAAACCUGUUAAAUCUGGUCCUUCUGCAGAGCAGCAGCCACCAUCUUCUCAUCAAGAAAUGAAGGUUGACACAAGUAAUAUGGACAAGUGAAGGCUGAGACCAAAGAGAAAAGUUAGCAGAACAAUGGGCGACAAUUUUAACUACUAGGAGCUGAAUUGUUGUGAUUGUAAAAUGAUCGUUGAUUUAUUUUUUUUCACCUUGUUUUUUGAGUUGUGCAUUUUUUUUUUCUAUAGAAUUCUGGCUACUUAUAGGAAGAGCAGCGUACCAUGCACAGGAUGGAGCACAUAAUAUUAACAAUGUCAAUUAUCGAAACCAAUGAACCAAAAAUUAUGGAGAACGUGGACUGGCUCUGCUGUGAGUUGAUCUCUGUAUAGAUACUUUCCAGAUUUUCAUUUUCAA